AUGAAGGAGCUGUAUACUCAGAUGACGAGUAUAUAUGCCCAGUUUGCUAGACCCCUAGAGGAAUACAAGUGGUCUUUGAACGGUAGUAGCAAUUCUAAGCCUCUAGAUAGCGAUUGUGAUUACCCUAAACAACUUGAAAUUAUUAAAAAAUUUAUAAAGAUAAUUACCUGGCAAUCGUCUCAGGCUCUGUCAUUUGGCAAUGACUGGGAUUUAGAGGCUAAACUUUGGAGGCUAGUAGAUGAUCUUUACUACUUCAACGUGUGUGAAUGCGAUGAGGAACUUAUUGGCAUGAAUAAGGAAAUAGAGGAAUUGUCUAUUAUCUUACAAUGGUUGCGGAUGAACUCAAAAGUAGAUUCAGAUAGCUACUUGGAUGACUGUGAAGAGGACAAUUCAAUGUAUAGCAGUAAAUGGGAGAAAACUAGGAGUUUUGCCGAGAGGUCGAGGUUGGGGAGAUUGUUAGCGAGGAGGGGAAACGAAAACGAAAACGAAAACGAAAAAGAUGCAGUCGACGACGAUUUGGUUAACGAAAUCGAUAUAGAUGCUCCUCUUCGAAACAAAAAGAAAAUAGACAAGGAAGAUUUGAAGGUUGACGAGAGGAAUUUUGAAGCUAUUUAUAAACGGAUUCUUUUAGGAGAUUACGAUCUUGCCAUUGCGACUGCGAAUGAAACUGGGAACCAUGAAUUGGCCAUCAUUUUAACAGGUGCAACAGAUAAAGGAUCAAAAUUUGAUAGAGCACUUUGGACUAAAUUAGUUUACAAAUUAUCGAAUAACAGUCAAUUGCAAUAUUAUGAGAGAUUGAUUUACACUUACUUGAGUGGGGGUGAUAUUAGUGAGAAUUUGAAAUUAGCAUCCAAUUCGUACGACUACUAUAUGAACAUCUUGGUUCAUCAGCUAUUGUGUUGCAAAUUGACCAAAACGAGCAAAUCCAAUGCGUUUUCGGAAAUCACUUUACCAAGACCUCAAGCUCAAUCGAUGAAGGAUAUUUUGAAUGUGGUCGCCAACUCGUCGGGUACCGGAGCAUCUGAGCAAAGCCGUCAUCCACUACGGAUAAUUGCAGGUUCUGUUAUGAUUGAAGAACUAAACUCUAUUAUAAGCACUCUCAAUGAGUCUACGGACGACAAUAUACUAAGAAUAGUAACACACUUGGCAAUAAUUUCAGCAUUGUUGAAACCUAUUGAAAACCCCAUGCAGUUUAGCUCCUUGAUCACACUUUAUGUUUCCAAAUUAGCUGAGAAUAAUGAAUCAGAUCUAAUACCACUAUACCUAUCUUUUAUUCCCGACGAAAAAGACGCUCGAGAAACUUAUUCAUUAAUACUCUCGAAAAUAACCGAUAAGGACGAAAGAGUAAAACAGUUGGAAAUUGCAAAGAGGAUAGCACAACCCGCGGUGGUGGACGAUGAAGACUUGAUUGCGGUUGACGAUGUAGAGCGUGACAAGCUUGUAAAUGUACUAAGACGAACGGUAGAACGGGUCAUGAAUGAAACCGAGCCAUAUUACAAACAGGAAAAUGGUCCAAUUACUUUGUUUGACGAUGAGCUGGCAAAAAUUGAUGAUGUAGAUUUCAAACUAUGCAGUGCAGUUGAAUGGUUUUACGAGAAUCUUAUGUUUGAAGAUGCCAUAAGUGCCACCUUGGUUGUGCUUCGCCGGUUCUUAAUGGUGGGAAAGUUACAGAGUUUGAAAAAAUUUGCACAAGGUAAAAAUUUCAAAAACUUGAUUUCUGAGUAUAAUUUGAAAAGUCUUGGUAAGAAAGAAGGCGAUAUUGAAAUAAGUGAGGAUCAAAAAAGUGAGCUUCUCAGCUAUCAAAAUCUCAUUGAAGGAUUAGAAUUGAUUAGUGAUUGGAAAAAAUUCAACCUUGAAAUUGGUGGAAAUCCAUAUAAGGGUCCCAAUGUAGAGGCCUCGUUAAGGAAAACAACUCAAGUCUUGAACAAUCUUUUAAGCAAUUGGUUAAUAGAUUUACAAAGAAUAGAUCCAUUGUUGAAGGAGUUUAGAGCAAUGUAUGUACCAUACAUCAUUAUUGAGUUAAUUUCAAUUUAUCAAAAUGCUAGAGUUCUGGAUUGGAAGUAUGUUAAAAUGGCCUACGAUUUGAUUAAUUCUGUUGCUGAUGAAUCAGCCAAUGACUUUUUACACUGCUUCACUGUAACAGGGAGAUUACAAGAAUUUCUAGCCAAAGUUGGAGAAUUAGCAAUCGUUGCUUGUGAGAAGGGAAUUGAUGGUCUAUACUGUUUAUAG